CUUAUAAGCAGAAGUCUCCGCCCACCCCGGGCUCAGUGGUGUCAGUGAGCAGUGACCAUGAACAGUCUGUGUACCUUGCAGCAGCUCCAGUCGGAGGAGACCGAGCCGGAUAACAUCAAGACUUUACGGCUGACUCUACGGGAGGAUCACUCCCCGGAGAGGACGGACACCAUCAAAGUGAAGCCGGUGGGACGCGCCUUCGCUCUCAUAUCAUCCCGACCAACCCGGAGCUCUCGGCCUCUGAAAUCCGAACUCGUCAAGUCCAGCGAUGGUGAUGAAGAGAUCAUUAAGGUCUACCUCAAGGCCAAAGCAGAGAACAAAGCCAACCACGAGUGGAACGUCAGCCAACUGAAGAACGAGGUCCGCCAUAUUCAAGAGGCGAGGACAUCUCUGAAGAAUCUCAGAAAAGACCUUGAUGGCUCUAAACACGGGCAGGAGACGGACAAGGUCUUUCUGUCAGAACAUCACAAUGGUGUCAGGCACUAUGAGGAACCAUGGUCGAUUUCAAGAGACAGUGAUGAGGAAUUUCCCAUGGAUAAUGGAAAGAACUUACGGGAGACCGCGCAGAAGCUGUACGCCAAGCUCCAGGAGACUGAGAAGCGGCACCAGGCGGACCGCAGGUUGUAUGAGGAAAGGCUCAACCACUGUCAGCAAGAGGUGGCGCAUAACAAUCGAGCGCGCAAGCAAGCAGAGGAAACAGCGACUGAGCGUCAGCGAGAGGUAGAGGAGCUGAGGAGGCUGAUGUCCAAUAUGGAAAAGGAACACCAGGAUUUGCUGAACAAGAUGCAAGAAAAUGAGAUCGAGUUGGACGGUCUAAGAGGACAGAAAGAGGAAAAUGGACCUCUACAGAGCAAGUGUCAGGAUCUAGAGAAGACCGUGGCCAACAUGAAAGAGAAGAUCCACCACCUCGAUGAUAUGUUAAAGAGCCAACAGCGCAAAGUACGACAGAUGAUUGAACAGGUGCAGAACUCACGGACAGCCGCCCAAGAGAAGGACUCUCUCAUCCAGGAAUUACGGGAGAAAGUCUCCUGGCUUCAGUCAGAGAAUCUGGAACUACAAGACAAACUGGAACACUUUCUAUCCAGCCAACAGGGACACACAAUCCAGCCGUCAAGGGCUUACGCCAGACCCAACAUACACAAUUUCAAGCGAGUGUACCUUCCGGCUGGAGCGGGCAGACCUCAGCCACUCAUCAAGCUGGUCGAGACAUGAGCUGAAAGUAGUGUGCGAUGAUGCCGGCAUCUGUCGUGUUCCAUGUGAGCAGCUGGUGGCCUGACGGAAAGGACUGUACGGAUUGCUCUUAACCUUUCGAAGACUAUCGCCUGGUAGAGCCUCUACUCUGUGGUUGUGCUCUUGAGUACGGGAAGAAUUUACUCAACACUUGUAAGCAUCCUAUAGACGAUACUUUAUAUCUCCGUUGGUUUUAGGACUCUUCUAGUGAACACAUUCUUGUUAAUGACCUUUCCUCCUGAGAUGCCUCCUAACUUGGGGGGGUAAGACGGCGCACCGUGGAUGGACCUUCCGUGUUUGAAUGCUGCAUUUUAGGCGUUAUGCAGCGGCAGGAAACCGUUGCCUUAAACUUAUCAGCGAAAACCAAAGAUCCUCUGAAAAAAACACAAUGAGCUGGAAGUCACCCAACACUGGGCAGCACCACCACAACGUCUUAAGUCUCUCUCCCUUAUCAGAUGAGAUCCAUCUAAACCUCAAGAGCUGAAAUGCAAAGUCCUUACGUCAUAUCGAACAGGGAUUUUUAACUACGUCUGUACUAGAUAUGAUUAUCAAGAGUGACGGGGGAAGCCCCAGGGGAGCGUAUUGGAAUGUUUUUUGUCCCGUCCCUGUUUUGUGCCGCUAGAUGUCUCGAUUCGGGUGUUGCGUAAUUGCGCACGCCUCUGUCUGGCUUCGGCUCUGUACCCUGAAAUACAGGUUAUGUAAUUUGGUAAGGAUCCAGCAUCUCCAUUUGACUAAGCUCCUAGAGGCUCGGUACAAAUGCCACCUUAAAGCUCCAUCUAGAAUGUCACAGGUGCUAUUUUUUAUUUUUUUUGUUUACUGACUGAAGGAAAGGUAACACCCAAAACUGGGAGAGCCUCUAAUGUUCCUGCACUUUGACUGUUAGCUAUUACAUUGUCUGCUGUGCCUUACGUAAGGGCCAAUUGUUCAGAUCUCGCCUUCAUAGGGCUCUUGUUGGUAGGAAUCGGUGAGGUUCAGGCCAACAGUAUUGCAAUCUGUGGAAAAGUAUUUUAACCUUGACAUCCUGUGGCUUUCCAGCUCUUGUGGAACUCCGUGUUCCCAACCUGCUUUCCUCUGCUUGGAAAGACAUGAUGUGAAAUACCAUUUCCACCUCAGAUGGAGAUCCAAAGGCUGCAACUUGUUACUUUUUCAGGAAAACCAAGAAAAAUACUUCCAGGGGGCCACUAAACAUAAAACAAAUAGGUCCUGAUUUAUAAAGCUCCAAAAUAAAACCUAGAACAGCCAAUAUCAACCAGGGUUCCAUGGAGCCCUAGGGUUUCUCAAGGUGGUGGCUAGGGGUUCCUUGAGCUGUGGCUAACUGACCUCACACGUAGGUUCAACACCAUUUGCCAGAGCCAGUGGCAUGACUCUUACAGAGGCAUUCUGACCACCACUGUAAAGAAGGGCAUUCCUCCCAUUAAUCACCACCAAGGUAAGAGGACAUUUUUCCCAAUGACCACCCAUAGACUACUCUUAGCAGGGGUUCCCUCGAGACCCAGAAAUUAUUGCAAGGGUUCCUUUAGGGGUAAAAAGGCUGAGAAAGGCCAACUUUAGAGUGUGCUCCCCACAUCGUGUACGGCAUGGCAACCCUUAGGGCUUUGCAUGUGCACCUGGAGACCAAAUGGGAAGUUAGAAGUUCAUUUCCUACCCCGGAGACACAACAGGAAGGUAGAGGUUCCUUUCCUGUCCUGGAAAUCCAAUAGGAAGUUAGAGGUUCCUUUCCUGUCCUGGAAAUCCAAUAGGAAGGUAGAGGUUUCUUUCCUUUCCUGGAGACCCAAUAGGAGGUUAGAGGUUCCUUUCCUUUCCUGGAGACCCAAUAGGAAGUUAGAGGUUCCUUUCCUGUCCUGGAAAUCCAAUAGGAAGUUAAAGGUUCCUUUCCUGUCCUGGAAAUCCAAUAGGAAGUUAAAGGUUCCUUUCCUGUCCUGGAGACCCAAUAGGAAGUUAGAGGUUCCUUUCCUGUCCUGGAAAUCCAAUAGGAAGUUAGAGGUUCAUAUCCUGUACUGGAGACAUAACAGGAACAUAGAGGUUCAUCAUUGGUGUCCUUGGGCCCCAUUGCCGGUGUCACUGUGAGGAAUUGCACCCCAUCAUUGGGGUCAUUAGUCAUCAUUGUUGUUGUCACUGUGAGGAUUUGUUCCCCAUCGUUGGUGUUAUUGGGCCCCAUUGUUGGUGUCAUUGGGAGGAAUUUGUUCCCCAUCAUUGGGAGAAAUUAUGCAACUUUGUUGUUGUCGGAUGGGGAAAAUUGAGCUCCAUUGCUCCUGCCAGUGGCUGAAAUAGUGCCCCAAGGGCUGGAUAAAAGCGAGCAAAGGGCCACAUCUGGCCCCAGAGCCACAGUUUGGAGGACCACUGAUUUAAGUGGACCGGGAAAAGAUCCUUUAGCACCCAAGGUAAGAGGGUCAAAGUUCCCACCAACCCCACCCACUUCCACAUGAGCUGUGAGCAUAGGUGUCAAGUCCAGCCCAUUUUGCACUCCCCAUUUGCUGAAGUGCCCAAGGCCUCUUCUGCCUAUCCCUUGGCACGGCCUGAACCCCAGCUACUCACAUGUUAAUCCUAUUUGGGACAAUACUGGUGAUAACAUCUGGUCUGUGUUCCCAGGAACAUACCAAAAACCUUUUUGGAGAACAUUUUGUUUUAGGUUUAGUGGCCCCCAAGAGAAAAGGGCUUUACAGAUCAUACAGGACCUCCAUUUGUAUUCCUGCCGCAAUAAACGAGGCUGCUUUGCCGAUCUCCCGCUAACUUUAUACUGCUGUCGAUAUUUAGGGUACUUGAAAAGCACUGCUCCCUGUAUAUACCCCCCCCUCCCCCCAACAGCUUUUAUGUAUUUAUUGUGGGUCUCCCGGCCUUCUGCUGUAAUAUAGAUAGGAGUGUAGAUAGUGCGAAAUAAAUUAUAAUAUUUAAAGAA